AUGCACCGGAAAUAUGGACCUUUGGUUCGGAUUGCACCAGAUGAGCUCUCGAUCAUGACAGAUGGAGAGGAUUGGAAGUUGAUCUAUGGUACUCGACCGGGCCACGGUCAAAAGCAAAAAGACGCACGGUUCUAUCAAGCGGCUAUCGACGAUUACCCAAACAUCAUCUUGUCGAAUGAUGUUAAUCACGCCCGCAUGCGUCGGCUUUUGUCACAUGCAUUCUCAGAAAGCUCUCUACGUGGCCAGGGACCUAUCAUAGGAAGCUAUGUGAAUCUUUUAAUCCAACGCCUGCACGAUGUGGCCCAAAAUGGAGCCAGAUCGGUAGAUUUGGUCCCCUGGUUUAACUACACGACCUUUGACAUCAUUGGAGACCUGGCGUUUGGUGAGCCCUUCAACUGCCUCCAAGGCUCUAGAUUUAUCAAAGAGAAGAUUGCAGCCAGAAUGAAACGGCAGAACGAUCGUCCAGAUUUCUUCGCCAAAAUUUUGAAAGACUCGAGCAGCACCAAAGACUUCUUUCAACGCGAGCUCGAGGCUAAUGCCGAAGUUUUGAUUGUAGCUGGCUCCGAAACCACUGCUACCCUUCUCUCGGGGGCAGUAUAUCUCCUACUGAAAAAUCCUGAUGCGCUCACCAAGCUCAAGACAGAAGUGAGGGAUGCUUUCAAGUCCGAAGAAAAAAUUACCCUCGAGAGCUGCAACCGACUAGCAUACCCUCGAGCUGUCUUGACAGAAAGUCUGAGAAUGUAUCCUCCUGUCCCAAUUGGACUGCCACGUAUCAUUGACGCACAAGGCGAAGUUGUUGCUGGAGACUGGCUCCCAGGCGGGACGAUUGUAUCAAUACCUCACUUCGCAAAUUAUCAUUCGGAAACCAACUUUAGACACGCUGAUAAAUUCAUCCCCGAGCGGCAUCUGGAUGACCCACGAUUUAUAAGUGAUAGAAAAGAAGUACUCCAGCCGUUUAGCUUCGGUCCUAGGAAUUGCAUUGGCCGCAAUCUCGCCAACAUCGAAAUGCGCCUGAUCCUUUGUAAGGUGGUCUUCAAUUUCGACAUGGAACUUGCUGAGCCUCAAAUUGAUUGGAUGGACCAAAAUGCAUAUGCAUUUUGGGAAAAGCAACCGCUAAUGGUCAGACUCCUCCCUCGGAAUCAAACCAUCAACAAAUGA